AUGGUGAGUGGCGGGGCAUCGCGGCGCCAGGCUGCCCUGGCCGGGCCCCUGUGCCCUGCGACCGGCCUGACCGCGCAGAGCUACCGCAAGGCCGUGACCACGGCGCGGCGCGACAAGAAGGCGGGCGGCGGACCCAAGGGGCUGACCGAGGAGCAGAAGCAGGAGAUCCGGGAGGCGUUUGACCUGUUUGACACAGACGGCAGCGGCACCAUCGACGCCAAGGAGCUCAAGGUGGCCAUGCGGGCGCUGGGCUUUGAGCCCAAGAAGGAGGAGAUCAAGAAGAUGAUUGCCGACAUCGACAAGGACGGCUCCGGCACCAUCGACUUUGACGAGUUCCUGCAGAUGAUGACAGCCAAGAUGGGCGAGCGCGACUCAUCAGAGGAGAUCAUGAAGGCGUUCAGGCUGUUUGACGAUGACGAGACGGGCAAGAUCAGCUUCAAGAACCUGAAGCGGGUGGCCAAGGAGCUGGGGGAGAACAUCAGCGACGAGGAGCUGCAGGAGAUGAUCGACGAGGCGGACCGCGACGGCGACGGCGAGGUCAACGCGGAUGAGUUCAUGAGGAUCAUGCGCAAGACCAGCCUGUUCGGCUAG